CUCUCUCCCUCGAGCCCCUCAAGCUUCCGAUGAAAAACGAGCCCAUCAAUCAACAUCAUUCCUGUUAAAAAAUAGUACAUUCUGUUGUUAAUCACUGAAGUGAGGCAGAAUCAUUUCCAGUUGUGGCACCUCGUUAUUUUUAAUUUGAAUUGUCACAACUGAUUUCUGAUAAGCAAUGGCAGAGGAUCUACAGAGUAAUUUACAAAAUUAUCAGCUGCAACUACAGCAGGUUGAGGCAGCCCUUUUAACAGACCCUUCAAAUGAAGAACUCAUGAAAUUGAAAACCGAUCUUGAAGAAGUUAUAGAACUUACUACUGACUUAAUUAAAACACAACUCCUAGAAUCUGCUGGCUCAAGUACUGAUAAGGAAGUCUCUAAAUCCUCCAAACCAGUUUUUGCAACUGAAAGUCCAGAAGCUCCAAGUACUAGCAAGAAACAAUGGAAAGUGGGAGACAAGUGCUUAGCGAUAUGGAGUGAAGAUGGACAGUAUUAUGAGGCAACUAUUGAAGAAAUUACUGCUGAGAAGGAGGAAGUCUCAGUCAUCUUUGAUGCUUACAAAAAUGCGGAUGUUACUAAUAUUAACCUUCUGCGUGAAGUGUCAAGUGGAGACCCGAAUGAUAAGAACAAAAAGCACACACUAUCCAAGCAAAGAGAAUAUCAAAAGAAGAAGAAACAAAAGAAGAUUCAAAGAUUCCAGGAACUUGAAGAAGCCAGAGAAACAGAGAAGAACAAAUGGCUAGCAUUUGCAACUAAGAAAAAGGGUGGCUGCUUAAAGAAAAGUAUCUUUGCAUCACCUGAGUCAACAUCUGGUAGAGUUGGUAUCGGUACAUGUGGUAUUGGUGGUAAACCUAUGACUGAAUUCACAUCAGCUGAAAAAUGGAGAAAAGGUGUUUAAAAUCUACUAUAUUUGAAUGCAUCAAAAUAGGUAACUCUCCUCUCCUGUUUCAAAAUAAAAGGGGGGGGGGGAGAUUAAAACAAGGAAGUUUACAACGCAGCCUGUCCUGAACAUUCUUCGACAUCAAAGAAUAAUUUUGGAAACUAAGAACAUCUAUUUUAGAGAUAUGAUUAGGCUCUCUCAAAACUGAAACUCCUCCUGAAUCGUUCAAUUCCUAUUCAUGAAAUAUUAUUUCAUUUGUAAAUAUAAAAAUUACAAUUUGUCUAAAUUUAAGGUUUUUCUUUAAUGAAUGGAAACUUGGUGUAAGCUAACACAAACCUCAAUCAAAGGUCUUGUGGCUACAAAUUUCGCAUGUUACAUGGAUUUGGUCACAUGGGCACCUCUUAUUUGCUAGAUUAUUUCCACCCCUUUAAAUGUAAAGAAAGUGAUAACCAAACAGGAAAAUAAAAUCAUUGAAUAAAAAAUGUAAAACCCAAA